AUGAACUUCCCGGGAAUGACACCUACAGGCGGCGCCGCCGCACCGCCUGCGAUCGGCGGACCUCAAGAUCCCAACGUCAAAGCUGUUCAAUCUGCGAUGGAGUCUUGUUUUGGAAAGUCAGUCAUGUCGGGAGUUAUGGGAUUCGGUAUGGGUGGUUUAUUUGGAAUGUUCAUGGCCUCUAUGUCCUACGAUACACCUUAUCACACAGCCGCCCCCGGUAGCCCACAAAGUACAAUCACAUCGCUCCCUCUCAAGCAACAACUCAAGAUCGGAUUCAAGGAUAUGGGAACACGAUCAUGGUCCAUGGCUAAGAACUUCGGAAAAGUUGGUGCUUUGUACUCUGGCGUAGAGUGCGGCAUCGAGGGCCUGCGAGCAAAGAACGAUCUUACCAACAGUGUCGCCGCCGGAUGUUUGACGGGUGGCAUUCUGGCCAAGAAUGCUGGCCCUCAAGCUGCUGCAGGUGGCUGUCUGGCUUUCGCAGCAUUCAGUGCGGCUAUCGAUGCAUACAUGCGAUCACCACCCAAGGAUGACUAA